UUGAAAUCGCGCCCCUUUGUAGAAUGCGUGUCGCAAAGCGAGUGUAUAUAUAUGUUGCGGUAUCGGUUGGUCCGUACAGUGCCUGACUAUACCCCUGACCACUACCCUGGACUAGUGUGUUACAGGUCAGGUAUAUAGUCGUCUCCUCCUAGCUAGAUAGCAAUCCAGCGCAGUAUUCCAUCGACCCGAUAGUCCUACGUUAUUGUUUACCGUAGCUAUCAGUAUUCUACAGCGGUUCACACCGCUACAAUAUAACCUAGCUCGCUUGUAGCUGAGCUUGCAAGAGGUGCGCGAAAUAAUGGAUUUCGAUCUCAUGCAUAGAAGUAUGCCCAUGUACAGAUACACAGAUUAUGAUAGCCUCCGUUUGAUUGAUGAUGUCGGCGCCAUUCCACUAUACAUUUCUCUAGAGCUCUGGUACAUCCUCGUAGCUGCCUCCGCCGGACCAGUCGCCGUCGCCGUUGGUGAACACGUUUCGAACUCCCAAGCUGUUGGAAAUGGUUCGCCCUCUGUCAUUGCUUUCGAAGUUGGGCUGGUAGUCACAACCUUCAUCUCACUACUCGGAACCAUGAAAAGGAUAUGGCAGCCCACCUUUUCGUCUGCUCCGAAAUGGAUGGAUAAACUUAGCAGCCGACAAAGAGUCAUGGUAUCCAAUCGAGAACAGACCAUCUCGACGUGGACAGCAAACUCGUCGAGCUCCACCUCCAAGCGACUUUGGUGGUCCGUUGAAGCACCUGACUUCAUAUGCGGGAGUAUACUUCUCUCUUCUUUGGUAACGGUCCUGCUCGUACUGCUCAUUUUCGCAGCAUGUCUUGCAAUCUACCUUAGCUUUGGUGUUGCUGUUGCUGCUCUGACGACACAGCUACUCCUUGGAGACGUUCCGUUCUGGGUCCUUCUAUCUGCAAUACCGACGGCGUUGCACUUCAAUCUUGGUCUAGUCCGCAGCAAUAGAGCGCCGGUUGUUGUUGUAGCAUGGGCAAUAGCUGGGGUGAUCUUCGCCGCGAUGGCGAAGCACGAGGGACACCAACUUUGCUCACUUAGUGCAGGGGCUUCAGCAGGAGCAGCAAGUGGCACCAUGUACUGGGCAGGAAGAUUACCGAUACACUUGUUGAAUGGCACUUUCCAUACAGUGUCCCAGAGCUGGCCUCGUGCAGAAGUGACCGAACACAACUAUUACGCACGACGUUUGUUUCCUCCAUUGAAUGACAAUAACGGCGCUCAGACCAUGCUCCGUAAUAGCGAGACUGAAAAACGCGUACAGAGAGCGUUCAUGGACGAGUCGAAAGAGCUUGAAAUGUACCCUGACAUGCACAAAGUCUACUGGUCCCGUCCCACUGGCAUCGACAAAGUUUCGCAUUAUGUACUUCUUGUCAAUGGCCACAAGUACGAACUCAAAGACGUAUCCGAGGCACGGGAUAGGUCUCGUGUCCGCUAUAGGACCGCUGAGGUCCAACAUGACGUGCCCGUAAGGCACCUUGCUCAUGUAAGAGAUCUGAACAAUGCAUAUAGCGGGGACAUAUAUGAGUUGCUACUAGUCGGAUGGACGUCGUUCACACAUGAACAAAUAGAUCGAAUAUGCGAUCAAGCUGGCGACAAACGGACGUACACCAGGGUCUUCCGCCUCGGGAGCAACACCGGCAAUUGCCAGCACUUCGUACGCAAGGUCGCGGAGGAAGUUAUCGGAAAGAAAUAUCGAGCGAUUAGUUGGGGAUGGUUCCGCCAUGAUCGCAUGGGUCCUAUUCAGCUCGCUCAGCGUGCUGCUAUUGACCAAGCCCAUCGCGCACAAGAUCGGGAGCUAGACAGGUUCUCUAAUUGGUAGCAAUGUCUAAAACGCGUAGAGACGAGAAACACUCCUUAGCUC